GAUUGUUUAGACUGCAGACUUUCGGUUUAGGAAAAUGUCCUGUCAGCACAAGCACGGGUGGUGAAAUCGUUGUGAAAUACCAUUUUUCUCGAUACUUCUUGCUUGAAUUAUGAAAUGUCGUCAACUGACAGAAACAAACUCCUAAUGGGAGACAAUAAGUCUAUGUUAUCAACUAGUUCAUCAUUGAUGUCGAAAUGGUCACUGAAGACAGACUUGACAUCCCAAACUGGUUUAGGCCUAACGGCAGGAUUGGUAAAAAUGGAGAAGCCAUCUUCUGUGACAACUUCAGGAAGAAGUAGGCUUGACCAAAAUUCUUCAAAUAAUGGUGGAAAGAUUACAUCUUCAGCCUUACAAAAUACAUUACUUGGACCAACAAAGUCGAGUUUUUCAUUGUCAGGAACUCCAGGAUUGUCAUCAAAUUUGACUAGCAGUUUGACCACAUCAUCCAAUUUGUCUAGUAGACUUGGUUUGUCAUCAGGUUUAAGUAGCAGGCUUGGACCAUCCUCCAAAUUAACAAGCAGUCUUCUGACAAAGUCUGACCAAUCAAAACUUAGCUCAUUGAGAAGUGAUGAAACUAGAACUGACCAAACUUCUUCCGUGUUUAAGGAAAAUUUACAAUCAAAUUUACUGAAGUCAAACUCGCCUCUUGUCACGAUAAAAAUAGAACCAGUCACAUCCUUCAGUUCUAGCGCUUUUUCAACUCAAAGUACACUAACAAGGCAAUUGAGCUCAGAUAAAAGGGAGACAACCAAAAGAAAGAGUAAUGAUCGCUCUGCAGUCAAAUCAAGAAAGAAGAUUAUGAACAAUGAUGGGAAAGUUACUACCAUAACUAGAUAUGAGGUCAAACCACCACAGUAUAAAUUGGAAGUAGACAUUAAAGACAAAGGAAUUGAUAUCCCAGACUUUGUAUCACCAGCACAGGAUCCAAGUUUGAAACCUAUUUCUAAACCAUUACAUGAUGUGAAUGGUAUAAAGCUUGGUUUCAUCAAUGCUGUCAGUGGUUCACUUAUUUGCCAACCAGAUUUUAGAAAUUCAGUAGACAAUACUAGAAUAACACUAUCCAACAUGGCAAAGAGUUUGGUUGUUUAUGAUCCAGAGUUUAUAUUGAAGGUUGCACUGUACACCAGAAAACAACUUAACAUAAGAACAACAGCAAACUUUCUGUUAGCCAUGGCGGCUAAUAUUGAUUUGUGCCGACCAUUCUUAAAGAAAUACUACUGUGCCUCUAUCAGUUUACCAUCAGACUGGAUAGAAGUGGCUGAAAUAUAUCAGGCUUUCCAUGACAGACAUUUGACACAAGGGGCAUUACCCUCAGCACUAAGAAGAGUUAUGAUGACUAAAUUUCCUGACUUUGAUGAAUACCAGCUUGCUAAGUAUAAUAAAGAAAGUUCUAGGAAAAAGAAAAAGAAGAAGGAUAGACAAAAGAAAGAGAAAGAAGAUGAUGGAUCGGCUGUGAGAGGAGGUAGAGGUGGCAGAGGAGGUAGAGGUCGUGGUAGAGGUAAUGUGCCUAGAGGAGGAUAUGGAAGAGGUGGUUUUGCAACCAGGGGAGCUAGAUUUGGCAGUUCUCAACCCUCACGACCAGUUGACAGUUCAUCAGAUUCUUCUGAUUCUUCAGAUGAGGAAAAAGAAUCCAAGGUGAAAAGACAGAUAUCAGAUGUUGUCUAUGAUGAUAAAGAAUCAAAAGAAGAGAUUGAGAAGACGUCUUUUUCUCUGAAACAGCUGAUCAGAAAACUACAUAUCACAGAGCCAGUGUACCAUGUCAUGGCGCUUAUUGGUAAAAAGUAUCCAGAGACAUUAGAGGAUUUUUACAAGUGUCGUCUUCCAGGACAAUGGGAAGAAGAAAAGGCUGGAAAAAGAAUGAAACUUCCUGUACCAGAGACUUGGGAAACUCAGGUUUCACUGAAAGGAAACAAAGCAUCAACAUGGGAAGACUUAAUAGACCAUAAAAAGUUGCCAUUCAUGGCAAUGUUGAGGAAUCUGAGAAAUUUGAUAAAAGCUGGUAUCUCAAACAAACACCACACAGAUAUUAUCAAUAGACUUACUAAUGAGAGACAAGUUGUCAACAGUAAACAGUUCCCAUUCAGAUUUUUCUCUGCAUAUGAGGUUUUGGUUAAUCUUGAGAAAGACUUUGAGGAAAGCCAAAACAAGAUUGUACAAGAGGCAGAGAUUGCAGCCCAGUAUGCAGCAUUGGGAAUUCCUCAACCAAGUGAGCGUGCCAGAGGUCGUGGUCGCGGUCGUGGUAGGGGGAGAGGUAGAGGACGAGGAGGAGGGGCAGAAGGAGAAGUACAAUGGUGGAUAGAGAAGAGAAACAAAAAGAAAGCUGAAGCAGGAAAAGCUAAAGAGACACCUUAUGAUCCAUCACUUAUACAGAGAUACAGGAAAGCUUUAGAUACAGCUGUUAAGAUAGCAACAGUAUACAAUGUCCAACCAAUCAAAGGAAAGACAAUCGUUCUGUGUGAUGUUGGAGAGAAUAUGGACGUUAAUUGUACAGCAGCUAGGGGUCUUGGAAAACCAAGAAAGAUGAGAGAAGUGGCUGUGUUGAUGGGUUUGAUGUGUAAAUACUCAUGUGAGAACUGUGAAUUUGUCGUAUUCGACGAGACUCGUUACGACCUGAUCACACCAAAACCUGGAACAAUUCUGAAUAACAUGGAAGAUACACUUACUGCUUUGGAUAAAAAAUUGAAGCCCGGCAAGAAAUUUGAAUACAAAAUUCCAGAUUGUAUAUUGAAUGAUGCUUUGGUGGAUAGACAACAGAUUGAUAACUUGAUAAUACUGAGUGGUGGAGUUGACAGUGUACAACAGGAGUUUGUCUCCUUUUUCCUGAAGAAGUUCAGACAACUAGUGAACCCUAAUCUGUUAUACGCCAAUAUUUCAUUCAGUGGAAAAGGAUGUGGAUUUUCAGAGAGUAUCAAACCAGAGAAUGAUAAUGACAUCUAUAUCACAGGAUUUAGUGAUGCUAUACUGAGAUUCAUUGCUGAGAGAGGUGAUGGAGGACAACUUCUACAUGUUGAUAAGAUAGAUGAAUUCUUCAAACUGAAACCUAUGCCAAUACUACAGGAUGUCUCUAGACCAGCGAGGUCUGUUCCUGUAGAAAGACCACUGCCAAUACCAUGCAACACACCAUGCUGGAGAACCUUCAGAGUUUUUAUAUCAUCAACAUUCCGAGACAUGCAUGGAGAGAGAGAUGUUUUAACAAGAUAUGUAUUCCCAGAGUUACGUGCUCUUGGAAAGAAACAUUUUAUAAAUGUAUAUGAAGUUGAUUUGAGGUGGGGAGUGACAGAAGAAGAGACAAAACAUCAUAAGACAUUAGAGUUAUGCUUAUCAGAAGUUUCCAAAUGCCAGUUUUUUAUUGGCAUCCUAGGGGAACGAUAUGGGUAUAUGCCUGAUAAAUACACUGUGCCAGAUACACCUGAAUAUGACUGGGUGAAACAUUACCCUCAAGGGGCCUCAGUGACAGAAUUAGAAAUGCAUUUAGGAGUUUUGAUGAAUGCUGCACAGAAACAAGACAAAGCUGUGAUGAUGAUCAGAAACAAUAAUUUUAUUAAAGAUGUACCAAAAGAAUUCCUGUCAGAUUUUGUAGCAGAAAAUCCAGAAGCUGAAAGCAAGAUGACUGCACUGAAGAGUAGGGUUAGGAGAUCUCCUCUGGAAAUUAUUGAAGGGUAUGACUGUAGAUGGGGAGGAUCUGUUGAUGGGAAGCCCAUUGUUUCAGGACUAGAGAAGUUUGCAAUGCCAAUAAUUAACUCUGUAUGGAAUUCUGUCAGGAAGCAAUGCCCAGAUGAGGAUGCCAUGUUGGAUGAAACAACCCAUGCUACAAAACAACAUGAGGCAAUGGUAGAGAACCAUAGAGCUAGAUUUGUAGGUAGGAAAAACCUGAUCAAGGAAUGUCUCAAAAACAUGAAAGAAAUGACCUCUGGUGGUGUGUUAUCACUUACAGGAAAAGCAGGCACAGGAAAAUCUGCUGUUUUGGCUUCACUGGUGACAUCUUACAAAGACUCAACCCAGUGUGAUAGUCCAGCCAACAUCUUGGUCCAUAUAUCUGGAGCAGCCCCAGGGUCUACAAACAUCCUGGCCACUCUAAGGAGACUGUGUUAUGAAAUAAGAAGACAGUUUGGACUGAGAACUGAUAUCCCUGAAGAUUAUAAAAACAUAACGCAGAAGUUUGGUGAGAUGUUGAGUGAAGCUGGAUCUCUAUCUGGUUCCCCAGUGGUCAUAUUCAUGGAUGGUUUAGACUUGAUGGAGAACACACUUCUGCCAAGCACAAUGGAUUGGCUGCCUAAUCCUGUACCAAAGAAUGUAAUAUUUGUGAUAACUGCAUUGGAGGAUGGGAAGUUCCACAGUUCUUUGAAGAAACUUGGAGCUGUCAAUUUAAGUGUUGGUCCAUUAGACAUGUGGGACAAAGCUGAUGUCGUCAGGAACAACUUAGCAGUACACAGGAAGGCUUUAGAUGAAUCCCCAUUUAACAACCAGAUGAAGUUAUUGCUCUCAAAGAGGGAAGGAGCAAAUCCUCUUUUCUUGAAGCUUGCAUGUGAAGAACUCAGAGUAUUUGGAGUGUUUGAAAGGAUUACCAAUAAACUGAAAUCCCUGCCACAUACCACUCCAGCAUUAUUACAAGAAGUACUCUCCAGACUAGAAUCAGACUUAGGACUAGAGCUAGUAUCUACAGCCAUCUCAUUGUUAGUCUGUUCAAGAAAUGGCAUACAAGUAGAAGAAUUACAUAAUUUACUAAGUAUACACGACAUAUUGACAAAUGAUAAAUUCAAAAUGGACGAUAUAAGAAACAUUAAAUUGACACCUGAACAGAUGUUGCCUGCUGCUGUGUUCGGUCACUUGAGGAGGUCCCUAGAGACAUUCCUGAACCCAACUGACAGUUGGAACAGUAGACUAACACUGGCUCAUAAAGACAUAGAGGCUGCAGUGAGACAGAGGUACAUGAAGGGUUCUUCAGACUUGGAAACUAAAUACCAUUCUCUGCUGGCAGGCUACUUUUUCCAACUGGCUGAUCCAGGCAAAACCAAUAGUUUCAGUGGAAAUGAUCCUAGAGCCUUUACAGAACUGCCAUUCCAUUUGGUUUAUUGUGGUGAAUUUAAAGAGCUACAACGUUUACUUUGUAAUCUGAAUUUCAUACACGCCAAAUGUCAGCUAGGAUUGGCCACACAUUUAAUGGAUGACUAUCAAGAUAAAGCACUGACAAACAAAGCAUCCGAGAGAGAACAGAACAAAAUGAUGAACACGGAGGAAGUCAAACAAUACAAAAUGUUUGUAUCCAGACAGAUACAUGUAUUGAAUGGAUAUCCUGCAUUGACUUGGCAGCAAGCUAUCAAUGAGCCUGACGCAUCUAGAGUUCACAAGGAUGCUAUUGAUAGUGGAGAGGUGACUAAGAGUCAAGGAUACAUGUCAUGGAAUAACAAACCAAACACAACUGAUCCAUGUUAUAUGACCAUCAGUAAUCUGCCUCAGCCAGUGACUUGUGUAGCUGUAUCCAAAGAUAGCAGAUACUUUGCCUGUGGUGGAAUGGACUGUAUGGUCAGACUGUAUGAUUUCAAUACAGGAAAGGAGCUCCAUACAUUUAGAGGUCAUGCUAAUGCUAUCACCAGUGUGUGUUUUGUUGGACAGUCCAUGUUAUGUAGUGCUGGAUUAGACAAUGCUGUCAGUGUUUGGCAUAUAGAUCAAGGUCACAGGAUACAUGUUUUGAGUCAGCACAAUAGAAGAGUACAGUCAGUUGCCUCAGACAAGGCUGGAAAAUUCAUUGCAUCAGCUUCAUGGGAUUGUACUGUGAAAGUAUGGAAUGCUGUUAAAGGGGACAAAUCUUGUGAAUUAUUGGUUGGAAGCCAAGUGAACUGUGUUGACUUCCACCCAGAAGGUCAGCUGAUCGUUACGGGAAGCUGGGAUGCAACACUGAAGAUCUGGGAUAUAUUCCACAGAAAAAGAAAAGCUGUGUUACGUGGACACAAGACAUCAGUCAGGGAUGUAGCCUAUUCUCCAUCAGGACGUCACAUUGCCUCGGCCUCUUUAGAUGGUGAUGUUAAACUCUGGUCAGCCUUCAAUGGAACCCAGGUUGGAAAUAUCCAGGGUCACUCAUUACCUAUCAACAAACUGACGUUCUCUCCAUCUGGUAAAGAAUUGAUUACAGUUAGUGAUGAUCAUAAAGUCAAGGUAUGGUCUGGUAACCUUGGGAAACCAGUACAAUGUAUUGGUAUGGAGGAACAUGGUGCAGCCAUGUCAGUAGCACUUCACCCAGAUUGUGAUGUUGUAUUUGUUGGAUACCACAGUGGAAAUAUUAGAGCUUUUGACGUAAUGACAGGAUGGGAAAUUUUUGACGAAAAACUCCAUACAGCUUCAGUUAGGUGUAUCAAAUAUGUUGGAGAUGGUAUGGUAGUGGCAGGAUCAGAUGAUAAUACAAUGACUAUUACAAGUACAAAAGAAUCUUUAGGAGGUAUGACACUGACAAACUUCACCAAACCUGUAUUAUGUGUAGCACUUACCAAAAAGUUGAUGGCUGUAGGAUCUGAAGAUUUUACUUGUACAUUGUUUCCAGCACCAAAGGAAAAGGAUUUAUCAAAGAAAUCAAAGCUCAAAGUUUUUUCAACUUUAACAGGCCAUGUAGGACCAGUAACCAGCUGUACAUUUAACCAUGAAGGCUCCUUAUUGGCAACAGCAAGCAGGGAUGCAAGUAUAAGAAUUUACCAGGUGACCUGGGAAACAGAACCACUUCUAAUGAAUGUCCUGAGUGAUUGUCAUAAAGACUGGAUAACUGGAUGUCAGUGGUCAAAUAUAGCGGACUUCAUAGUGACUUCUUCUGUUGAUUUCAACUUAAAGGUUUGGGAUUCUGCAACAGGAACAGAGAAAUCAACACUAACAGGUCACAUGGCCGGAAUUAAUGCUAUAUCCUAUAGUUAUGGUUGUAUAGUGUCCUGCAGUAGUGAUGGAGCAGUCAAAGUUUGGUCACAGAAAGGUACAGAGAUCACAACACUGUAUGGACAUACACAGAGAGUCAAUGGAUGUGAUAUGAUUGUCAAAACAAGCAAAGAUGAGACAGAAGAGGAAGAAGAGGAUGCAAACACAUCCUGGGCAGAUAUGGUAGAAUCAGCAGAGGCUGCUAAGAAGGCAAAGAAAUCCAAACGUCCAGGUGUGAGGAUGGAUGAUGUACUUGUAGCUACUUGUGGAGAUGACGGUACAGUCAGGGUCUGGCAACCAUUGCAGGCUAAUGAGCUUGCCAGUAUGUCAGGACACGAUGACAGAGUUCUCAGUGUAUCAUCUGACGCACAGGGAAAAUUGUGUACAAGCAGUCUAGACAAGUCUGUCCGUCUGUGGGCUCCACAAUUGUCAACAACAGCAUCAGAUACAGGACAUAAUGGAUCAGUGACAUUUGUCAUUUCUAUAGAAAAUGGAGCAGGAUUACUGACUGGAAGCAGGGAUGGUGUUGUAAAGUUCUGGAGCAUAGACAAUGGCGUAUUUGUUUGUGAGAGAUCUAUGCAGGUUUCCAAGAAGUCUGUUAAUGCUGCUUUAUUCCAAAUUGACGAUCAUGUUAUAACAGCAGGUGAAGAUGGACAAAUUGUUUCUUGGUCUGUCACAAGAGAUGGCAUGAAAAUCAAGAGAAUUGAGAAGUCCUCUGUAAUAGAAAAUGGUUCAACACCUGUGACUUGUCUGCUACAGUCUACAUCCACAGCUCACUUCUUCUCUGGCAAUUGGAAAGGGGAAGUAACUGUAUAUAAGAUCAACAGACAGGUUGAGAGAAAAUGUAUAGUGGAUCAAGCAGACUGGAUAUUAAGUUUGUACCAGACAAAGUCUAAACCUGGACAUCUCUAUGCUACCACUGCUAGUGGAAUGGUGAUUGAAAUGAAAAUUACAAUGGAGAAGAAAUGCAACAUACAAGUUCACAGCAGGAUUUCAAUUCCAAACACAGUUGACACAGAUGUAGUCAUACACAAGAAACAACCAGUUUGGGUACACAGCAUUGCUGUUGAUAGUAAAGUACAUAUAGUUGGAGACUCCAAGGGACAAAUAACCAACUCAACUAAGUCUACAACAAGGGUGCAUGGUGGUGCAGUGACAGCUGUUGAUAUGACAGAUGAUCUUAUUUUUACUGCUUCUCAUGAUAGGACAGUCAAAGUGUGGAAUAAAGAUAUGAAACAGGUUGGUUUAUUCUUCUGUCCAGCACCAGUUACCACAAUGACAAUUGUGAAAAUUUUACGGAAUCUAUAUUCAGUUGUCUCUCUUGCCUGUGGUGAUGAAUUGGGUAACAUUCAUUACUUAACCUGGAGAGGAGGCAUAUGAACAGUAAAGAAAAGAGUUUAUUUUCACAGAGAAAGACAAUCAUACCUCGUUUCCUUAUUCUUAUAAAGGAGAAUUCAUUAUACUUGACUCUGUAAAAGAGGGAAUUGUAAUAACUUGUUGCAAUAUGCUUUGUGUUGAGGAGAUAGAGAAAAUAUAUGAAAAAAAAAUGAAGAUAAAAAAGAAACUUUGAAUAUAUAUAUUGUAUGAAUAUUGUGGAUAUUUCUUAAAUAUUUGAUAUAGCUUUGUCAAUAUAUGUACUGUCUAACUUAUUUUCAUACUUUAAUUUAUAUGAAUAUGCAUUCUAUAUGUUUCAGUAAUUCACAUAUUUUCAUGAUAUAUACACAUAGCACAAAUUUACUGUAUAUAUUUAUAUUAUAUUAUUUAUAAUUUUUGGAAACAAUUUUCAUUGCAUUUAGCAUCCAGUCUGUACAUUAUUUGUAAUAUGUUUGUGCAUGGAUAGAUGUGUAUAUCAUGAAUACACACUCCUGUUGUUACAUUGCAAGUCAGAGACAAACUUUUAUAAAAAAAAGUAUUUCUACUAAGGUAUGAUAUAUACUUUUUUGGUUACUUAUAUAAAAAAAAAACCUGACUCAAAUAUUACCUAUAAGGGGAAAAUGUUAUGUUAAAGAAAACUUUGCUGUAUAUUGAUCUUUAAUAAAUAAAACUUUUAUACCGGUAAUUUAUAUGAUUUAGAAUUCUAAAAAUAUAUAUAUUGUAUGUAUGACUUGUACAUUGUAUGUGCAAUUUCUCAAACAUUUAAUUUUUUUAUAUCACUGUCUCUACACAGAUUGAAUAUGCUGUAUUAUAUGUAGAUUAUCUGUACAAUUUUUGGUGUACAUAUUUUCAGGAUUUAGUUGUAAUACAAUACAUAAUUGUUAUGUUAUAUUUUUGUUAGUAGAUUUGGUUCAUUGAUAGUUAGACAACUUUUAUUCAUUUAUUAUUCAUUCUUACUUUUGACAUUGGAAUCUAAAGUCAAGUGUCAUAAAAGAAUGUCAGAACAAAAAUGAAUGUUUAGAGAUUACUUUCUGUAUUAUUGAACAUUUCUUAUGUUUUUGAAUUAGGCAGGACUUUGUACAUAAUGUUUUAAUAUCAAUCAUUUAUAAACAUUGUGUUAACAUUGUGUUCACAUAAUUUUAUAGAGCAAAUCACCCUGUAUAAUUUGUGUUGAAUUAUUCACAAUUCAUUAGCAUUUAGUUGAAAUGUGUGUAGUAAACAUAGAGUAGUAAUGAUUUCUAGUGCAAUGAACAAAUAAAACAUUGAGUUACAGUGUUAAAUCAGUGUUAUUAUUCUCCCACUUACCGGUACUGAUGUGGGAGUAUGUAUUGAUAAUUUACACUCCCACUUACUGGUAUUGAUGUGGGAGUAUUUAUUGAUCAUUUACACUCCCACUUACCAGUACUGAUGUGGGAGUAUGUAUUGAUCAUUUACACUCCCACUUACUGGUAUUGAUGUGGGGUAUGUCUUCAUUAUUUUCCUCUUUUGUCAAUUCCAGUGUUCGUCUUUCUGUAACUUCUUAUAAGCCAUUAAAAGUAAUUUAAAAGAAUUCAGUGUGUAAUGGUAUAGUGCACCUUAUAUUUAAGUUUUUUCUCCAUCGAUUUUUUAUGUUUCCCAUAGCAAAAUAUAAAGUUUGCUAUAUUGGCAGGAGAGAAGCAUUGUAUAUCCACAAUUUUUUUUUAAAUAACUGACUUGAUUUCAAUGAAUUUGGCCAUGGUAACAUAAUGCCGUUGUGCGUUUCACAUUUUUUAUCUUAAGAAUUUUGGGUUUUCCAUAGCAAAACAUAGACUUUGUCAUACCGGGUAUGUAAACAAAUGGUGGAGCAGGGUUAUGACUUUUGUUAACCUUACUCACAGUUUUUAUAGUUAUCUUUUAUGUUACCAUUGAUUGUGUUUGUUUUCUGCUAAUAUUGAAAUCCCUAAAUGCUAUGUGCUCUGGUAUUACAGUAAAAAUAAAAAGUUAUAAUUAAGAUACCUUCUAUAAACUUUUUUUCAGACAAAAAAUUUUGGAUGGUGUUUGAACCAAACCAAAUUAUUGUUAGUUGGAAUUUUUGCAUAUAAAAAAUGAUACAGUAACAAAUCAAAUUAUCCUACCACAAGUGUAUUGGUUAUUCUGGUUAAAAUUAUACAUGUAUUUAAAAACUAGACCAAGGUUUAUAUCUGCAGAAUAUAUAUUUCACCUCAUUUCUCAGUUUUUGGCCUUGAACAAUUUCCCACGGUGAAAUUAUGGUUUUAUUGCAUUGUUUAAAUACAUAAUUGAAACAAAUUUCAUUUUGUCAACGAUCAGUUUUUUACCUGUGACAAAUUUAUGAUUUUUCAAUUACACUUCACCUUUUUUUUUAAUAAUUGUAACAUGCAUUAAAUAUGUAAGAAGUUGUUAUUUUACUGACCUAGGUAUAAGUUAGUACCAUUGGAACUGAAAAUAG